GCUCGCCCUCGUCCGUCGCCGCAGCGGCGCACCCCGUCGAGCACGUGCAGCUCGCCGGCUUCUUCGACGUGGCCCUUCCACAGGUGACGGACAUCUGCAGCAACGUCGACCUCCGCUUCGACGUGGACGGGUCAGUGUGGCUGGAGGUGGAUGGUCCCGGCAGCGUGACGUUCUUCGGGGAACAGUUCUCCUCGCUCAUUCCGGAGUGGCUGAGUCACCAUUUCUUCACUGUCGACGGCGACGACGAGGAGGGCGACGAAGAGGACGAUGAUGAGGACGACGACGACGAUGACGAUGUCGACGGCAAUGAAAUUGCGGCGAUGCAUAGGCUGUUUCGCUGA